AUGAAUGACAGCACUGGAAACGAGCAACUUGAUGCUCUUGUUUACGGCUAUCUAGAAAGGAAAGGAUAUCAACAGACGAUGGACACUCUCGCGAGAGAAUCGCCAACUUUUGCAGCUCUCCGCAAACAAGCACCGCCAGAACGGGUGUUCAUCAACAUUGAUGAUCGACUAAAGGACAAGACGUUGGAGCAAAUUGUAGCGGAAUUUGCUUCCACUGAUCGACCGAAAUGGCAUCCAUCUUUAGUCGACAUAGAGCGUCACCUCAAGAGUGUAUCCAACAACUUGACGAAUCUGAUCGGCGCGGGCUCGAAUCAAAACGCGCAUUUUCAACAGCUGCCUUCCCACAAUUACCAUCAAGUCAUUUCUAACGCCAACUCAAAUAACAAUGUUCCACUUUCACAGCAAGCUACUCACCCAUUGCCUUUCGUUGCUGAACCGAUAUCUUCAUGUCAGCCAUCAAAUAUUCCACAAGAUUCAUGUUCACAAAUUCACAAAAUGCCCGAAAAGAACAAAGCCGAAGUCCUGUUGCAACCGACACAAGACCUUCAAGAGAACGAUAUGGAUACAUCGAUUGAAAGCAAAGACGAACGAACAAUCGAAGAGACAAAAGAAAACGUCGAAGAAGAACAAGAGACUGUCACUACCGAUGCUAUUGAAAUGAACACUCUUGUCGAAGCAGAACUAAAGGCUGUUACUACAGAUGCCGUUGAAGCGACUCUUGUCGAAGAAGAAAACGAUGAACCAAAGACUAACGAUGCUGUUGAAACAAAUAAUCUGAAGCAAGAUGGCGAGGUUCAAGGAUCACUUGAGAAUUUUAGCAUAGUUGAUGAUAUUCCCAUGCUAUAUGAAGCAUCAGAACCAGCACUUUCACCGUUGCCACCUAGGAAGAACACUAUUAUUGGAUUGUUAGGCGUUUCGGAAAGCCAGAAAGAAUUUGAGGGAUUGUCAUCGUCACAACAAGCUUCAUCUGCCGAAUUCGGAAUUAACGACACCAUUCCAAAAGCUAAAGAAAACUCUCGAUCAGAUAAACUAAAGCAAGACGAGAAAAAGAAAUCAAUCAAUGCCGAUUCGGAAUUAGAAAGCGAAAUUUUAUCAAAGAAGAACAGGGAUUCGUUGACUGGGACCGACACGCUUGGGAAACGAGAGGUUGCAAAAAGGCAAGAACCAAAUGAAAAAAUGUCGCCCCGUUCAGCACCGAGAACUCGCAGCCAAGCCGUUCGUCAACAGGACAAGAAGUUGAGUCAAAACCAGAAUCGACAGCAACAAGGACACGGUGGAUCAGAAAAUGGCGAAAGGCAUAAACAAGAUCUUGAUGAAAAGAAAUCUUUGGAAAAGAUGUUGUUUCAGGAAAGGCAAAAAGAAAAGGCCAUUAGGGAUCGAAGUUCCUACAAUAAACAAGAAUCUUUCGAAACAAAACGAAGGCAAGAUUCGAGACACAAGGAAGAUCCUAGAAUAAAUGAUCCUAGAAUUCGAAGGGAUGAACGCUAUGAGGGCAGGGGAUCGGGAGCAAAUCGAAAGCGUUACAGCACUGACGUCCAUCCAAGUGACUAUCUGUUCAAAGAGCUCGAUAGAUCAACAAAUGCUACAAAAGCGGCUAGAACUCAUUUCAAUCAGGCUUGGUCAGAUGGAAGGGAGAAGUCGACGUCUCAACGAGAGAAAGACUUGAUAGAGCGCAAAAGUUUUGAGAGAAAUUCUCCCGCCAGUUACAAACAAGAGUUUGAAAGGACAAACGAUUCUGAGCCUCAAGGAUACAAUACUAGUUGGGCAUCAACAAAAACAGAACGCUCAGUGAUAAUUCUUGAAAGUUGCGCGCAAAAGGAUCCCCGCCUUGAAGCUUCUGCUAGCAAGAAAUUCCGAGCUGAAGAUGUUACGCCACAGCUUGAUAACGUCAAGCAGAUCUUCUCAAAUGCGGUGGUCCAAGCGCCAUCGAUUCAAUUUCGACUUGCUCGACUCAAUUUGCAAAAACGCCUCACUAAUGGGGGAAAUGAUUCCCUUUACUUUAACGUUAAUUUAUUUGUUGUAAUCAGGGUCCAUUUUGCC